CAGGACCAUGGCUGCCAUGGCCACGAGCAUGUGCCGUACCACGAGCGCACGAGUACGAGGGCACGAGGGGCCCACCACCCGCUAGCAUCAACGUUGGUCUGUGUGUGCGUGUACGAGUGCAUGGCGUUGUAGUGCAUUCUUGUGAAGUUCAUUUAAGAGAGGCGCCUCCUUUCAUACGAACAACAGAAUGGGCAGAACGGGGGAUACACCCCCGCCUUCGUCGUCGGGACGAUCUAGCACGCGUCGAAAGAAACGAACACGUUACAAGCAGCAUUUAUAUCCCGGGUCCCAAGAAACAGUCCCGCGGUCGACGUGGUAUGCACGAAAAAAACAGAAGUCUUCUGAAGUUGAAGAGGCACCUUCUGAACCACAAGCUGGCUCGUCACGGGCUAGUAAUGAGCGAGCACAAAGUUUGAACUUUGGUUACGACAGCGACUCUGUGAGCGACCCUAUGCCGUUGAGAAUGCAGUCACCCUCCUUGCCUUGCUCUGGUAGCGAGCAUGCAGACAGUUUGAACUCCAGCUACAGCAGUGACUCUGUGAGUUACCCUGUAAGUAUAUAGUUUCAGGCUGAAUUGCAGUCAGUAUGAUUGAAGCUAAAAUAACAACAUCCCUUUUUGCUUUGUUUUAGACACCCUUGAGGUUGCAGGCACCCUCCUCGCCUGACUGUGGUAGCGAGCAUGCAGACAAUUUGAACUUUAACCUCAGCAAUGACUCUGAGGAUGAUCUUGUAAGUAUGCUUCUUUGAAAAUUAUUGCAUGGUAUACACCAGUGACUUGUAGUAAUGUUAGAGAUUCUUUUAGGUUUCAGGCUAAAUUAACAUAAAUAUAAUUAAAAUGGCACGACUGCACCUCAUCUCAUUUUUUUUUGGCCAUUUUUUAUUCUUUUGGAAAGCAUAAAGAACAGCAAGCAUACCUACCUCCAGUAGGGAGCAUGCAAUAAGUCAAAGUCUAACUACACAACUGGUUCUAAAAAUGGUCUUAUAUAUUCUUAGACAGUUACCAUUGUGGAUCCCCAAUUAUAUUAUUUACAAAUUUUAUUAUUCUCCCAUGAUGAAAGCAGCAUGCUUAUUAAACCAUUUUCUUGCUUUGUGGUAGGUGUCCUCAGAACAGCAAGAGCUCAGUGGUCACACCUCUAGUGCCGAGCAUUCACAACUUUCAGAUACCAACUACGACAGUGACUCUACAAAUGGUGGUGACUUGCGCACUGAAGAUGCUGAGCUGAACGGAAGUGAGCACCCCACGAUGCAAGCUCCUGCGGACGACGGUGCAACAUUCUUUGCAGAUCUCUUUAAAGAGAUUAUCAAGGAACAGGUCGUAGUGUCAAAGGGAGAACUUUUGCUGAUGGUUUUGAAGUAUGCUGUGAGUAGCAACCUCACUUUUACAGGUCUUUCUAACCUCCUGAAAAUGGUGAACUCUAUGUUCAGCCAGCCUGUUUUGCCCGAGUCGCGUUAUAUGAUUUCCCAGGUGCUGAAGGACACCAACAGCGAUCUCACUUUUCAUUUUUACUGCAUUCACUGUUUUUUUUACGUCGGACUACUGGAGGACUGCUCUUCAUUUACAUGUCCGCAUUGCACCCGUGUAUGCAAGGUGUCAAGCCUGUCCGAGGCACCUUUCUUUGUGACGCUUGACAUCCGCUCGCAACUGCAGGAUAUUUUGAAGUCUGGAGAUUUCUUAGAUUUAACUCAGCCUCUUCCUUUAGAUGACACUCUCACGGACAUUACAGAUGGGGAAAUGUACCGGUCAUUUGUCAAGGCUACUGCCAAAUAUGGUCACAGAGUAAGCAUGACGCUGAACACCGAUGGGGCUCCAGUGUUCUCAUCUUCAUCCACUGCAAUCUGGCCCAUCCAGCUCACCAUUAACGAACUUCCUGCUCCAGUUCGUAUGGGCAAGCUUGUGCUGGCAGCUCUGUGGUUCGGGAAAUCGAAACCGAAGAUGGAUGUAUUCCAGAAUGUUUUCGUGGAUCAGGUAAACAACUUGUCCGUAGAGGGGUUUAGUUUGUUUUAUAAAGGUGCCACUGAAACUUUCAAAGCAUUUUGUAUAUGCUGCGCUGUUGAUUCAGUGGCCAGAGCCCCCAUGCAAGGCAUCCUCCAGUUCAAUGGGUAUUAUGGAUGCAAUUGGUGUUUGCACCCUGGAGAGCGGCAUGGGGGUUCUGUCAAGUACCCUACCCUGAAAGACGACCCUCCAGAGAGGACGGAAAUACAAAUGAUUGCAGACAUGGAGGAGGCACUUGACACUGGGACGGUAGUUAGAGGAGUCAGAACUGCAUCUCCCUUAAUCAACCUGGAACAUUUUGACAUAGUCUGCGGGUUUGUCCCAGACUAUAUGCAUUGUGUUCUCUUGGGGGUGGGGCGCCAGUUUCUUGAGUACUGGCUCGAAGCCACAGGAGAGAAAUUCUACAUUGGGAACAGAAUUGCUGAACUUGAUCGGAAGCUGCUGGCAAUGAGGCCGCCAAAGGAUGUGAGGCGAAUGCCACGAUCCCUAAAGGAAAGAAAGUUCUGGAAGGCGAAAGAGUUAGAGAACUGGAUCCUGUACUACAGUGUGCCGGUGUUGGAUGGCCUUCUGCCAAAUCAGUAUCUCCGGCACUGGGCACUUUUGGUAGAAUCCUUGCACGUCAUGUUAGGAAAAAAGAUCCCCGUCUCGGAUAUUGAUGCAGUUGAUGGGAUGAUGCUCGAGUUUAUGAUUACCACCCAGCUUUUGUAUGAAAAACAGAGCAUGACAUACAACCUGCAUCAACUUGGACAUCUUGUUAAAAGUGUCCGCCUCUGGGGACCCUUAUGGUCCCAUUCUGCUUUUCCUUUUGAAUCGGGAAAUGGCUUCCUUAAAUCUCGUAUCAAAGCUUCUAACGGAAUCCCGCAACAGAUCUGUCGAGCAAUGGCACUUCAGACUGCUGUGUGCAAAUUGAGUGAGCAAACUGUCAAUGCCAAGGUUUCACAGUAUUGUAACUCACUGGAUCUGAACGUAACUCAGAAGACUAUGCUAGUGUCAGGGGAAGGAGUGCGAUUUUUUGGCAAAGAAGCCCCAUAUGUUACGUUUCGUGGUCCUCUCCGAAAUUCUCCGGCAUUUUCUUCUCGGGCUGUCGAGUUUCAACGCGCGAUCAAAGACAAGUCCAUUCUGACAACUUAUUCCUACAGCCUUAACAAGAAAACUAACAACUCUUUUGUCGAACUUGCAGAUGGAACAUUUGGCAGGAUUGAAAAGAUAGUUUAUGACACUUCCACAUUUGUCAUCCUGACACCCCUAAAGUGCUUGCCAGCCCCAUACUUCCCAGUGUCUCGAAAGAAUCAUUUUCAUCGGGUGUCAGGAGAUCAUGCAUAUGCGCAAGUUGUCCCCAUCUCUGAAAUCUCAAACGUGUGCACAUAUGUGAUGUUACGGAGCAAGUUCAUUGUAGCUGUUCCCAGCGCUUUGACAUUCUAAAUCGUGAAAAGAAAGCAUGAAACAUAAGCUGGCAUUGGGAAGCAACAUAAUUCUUUUUUUUAUUACCGUAGAAUACCGCACAUCCGCCCAGUCCACAUUAAGCGCCCAUUCCCAAAUUUGUAAGAUCUGAGAAAAUAUGCACAUACAUUUAUAUGUAAAAUUGAUGACCAGACAAGCGCCCAUCCCCCAUUUUUUUGUGAUUAUCUCCAAUGUUUGAGUGGGCGCUUGCCCAGUAUUUUACGGUAGUUGUGUUCAUCCUAACAUUUAAAGUCGUUCAUGCCAUAUUUUGUGCUGAAAGUAGUCGUUUCUUGGAGAUUUUUUUAUUUAUCGAUUUCUGACGUCGUAUAGGCACAUAGUGACACGUCUUUCAUGGUUACAGCAAACUACUGAGUUAAUUAUCAAUCUUCUAGAGAUUAUCACCAGAAAGGAUUGACCUUCGCAUGCCAUACAGUUGAGCCGGUUUGUGGGUCAAAACACUGUAAAUGCCCUUUAACUUAAAGGAGUUGUGCAACAAUUUUAGGGCUUUACUUAAAUAAUUGUGGAAGUUGAUGCCUGACACUUCUGAAGUGAACUACAGAAAAAGAUUUUGCCUGGAUACCCUAGCUUUUAUUUAAAGAAAUGAAAAGGAUCAAGGUUUUUGCCACCUUUCAACUCGUACGUCGUCUUCCGGGUCACGUGCGCAGUGAUGUUGAUGGUGUAGGCGCGGGUUCUGCUAAAGUUCUCUCUUUAGAGCCAUCAGUGAGCAGCGAGAACUCAUCCGCUUGUGACCGCGUGACCACGUGCUGGCGGGCGCCGCGCGAACAAUACAGUGAAAGGAGGAAAGUCUCAUCCGGGUCCGGCCAUACCCGUCCAGCCCUGUCCCCCUCCAGCUUCUGUCGGCUGUUCGCGGUAGCUUAUAGAGCUGACGGUUUUGUGGACCUAUAUAGGAUAGCUGGCGCCACUAAACCUCCGUAUAAUAAGAGUUUUGUCUAUGAUACCAGGUUUUUGAUGCAUUUAUAUCUAUGUUGGAACGAUAUAGAAAAGUUACCUUUUAUCGAGCAGGUAUUCAAGUAACUUGGUCUUUCUACAAGAUUCUCCAUUGACGUCAUGCCGCGUGUUUCUCAUGGCCGCCGCUCGCGGCUGCAGGUCAGGGAAUAUUCUCAGUUUUGCCUCACUAUUACGCGGCGGAAUCGCAACAUUUCGAUGAAAGGAGGUGUGUUUUCUGUCAUUUGUGACAAGGUGAACAAUAUCAAAAACAGAAGAUGCCAAUUCUUUCCACGUUAAAAUCGUUGCACAGCUCCUUUAAAAAUUCAAAUCCCAUCUCCUCUCAUCCUGUGCUACUUUGCAUACCUUCUUGAUCAUAUUGUCAAAGUUUCAUACCAUUAAUAUAAAUAUUUUAUUGCACAACUAAUUUUUAAAAAAAAUGUUCCAAUUCAGUUUCCACUCCUUGUUUCUGAAUUGCUCAUAUUUGCAUCUGAAUAGAUAAUAGUCAGUGUAGAUUGUCACGGUUGUCAUUCAAUCACACAUUAUUACUGGUUGAUCAGUGGUCAUUGUGCUUACAUGCCAGAGCUUGGCAGCCUGUGUAGGGAAAGUUUGUGCUGCAAACCUUUAAAUAGAAGUUCUUUUCUUACUCCUGCCUCUUUUGAUUAAGAGGGGUGUUGUACACUGCAUUUAGGCAAUCCCUACUGUGUGAUACUCGUUAAAAACACCAGGUUACCUUUACCGCUUCACUGCCUGAAUUGCCACGCCACAGUGAUUUUGUCAAAUGCUAGUUGAAGGCAUACUAACUUCCCGCUGUCUAAAACAGGAUGUCUACCAAAUUACUUCUUUCAAAUUCCUUGACAUUUCCAGGUUUUUCUGACUAUUUCAGUUAGAUCCUCGACCAUUACUUUUAUCGAAGGAGUGCUCUUUUGACCUAAAAGUACGACUUUGACAUACUAUUCGUCUUAGAAAUCAAUAAUGGCUCUUCCUUCUUAACCAGAUGGUUGCUUGUUGUUUAGUGAUAUUUUGGGCAAUAUUACUUACCGCAGCCGUACAACGCGCAGCCAUCGGGCUUCAUUGCACAUUGCUGUGGCACUUGCAUGGGUCAUUUUCCUGAUUUAGCGAACGUUUUUUACAAUUCCCUGAUAAUUCUGACUUUUCCAGAUAAGCAAAAGUCUCUGACAGUUCUAGAUUUUCCAGAUUAGUAGACGCCUUACUAAACAUAUGCAGUAUGAACUCGUUAAAACAGACCUGGUUACAACAGACAUUUGGAUAUAACAUAUUGCUUUCGGAAGUUUGGUUAAUUUGCCUGUCUGUACCCUUGGUUCAACUUCAUAUCUGGAUACAGCAUACUCCUUUUGCAGCAGACUGAAAUUUUGGUCACUAUCAAGGUCUUUUUAACCAAUUUAGAUUGUAUGCAACAUAUUUGACUUCGACAUCACAAUGCCAUAGCUUCAUGGACUUAAACCAGCUGUGACUAUGUCAAAAUGUUCCUGGGAGUCCCUUCAUAAUGAUUAAAAGUUUAGUAAAUACCCCUCCUACUUUCGGUUUCGGUUUAGACGGGUGCUGCACCAGCAUGCACAUUACGAGUCACCUUCUGUCAUGCUUGCUAGAAGAUGAGAGUCACAGCAGCUCUCUUUUAUUUAGAUGGUGGCUUGCAUCACUAAUGACGUUUCGGCAGUGCUGAGAAGUACUUUACCUAGAAUUCUGCGCAUUCGCUCACUCCACAUUAAGCGUCCAUUACCAGAUUUGCAAGAUCUGAGAAAAUACGCACUGUACAUUUAUAUGUAAAAUCUAUGACUGGACAAGUGCCCAUCCCCAAUUUUUUUGCGCUUACCUCCAAAGGUUCAGUGGGCGCUUUCCCAGUAUUUUACGGUAUGUACAUUAUACAUAAAGUAUAAUGUACAUGAUUUAACACUCCUUAUACCCUCUUCGGUGCAAGCAGUGCUAAAUGAAGAAGUCAGAGAGACUUCUGAAUUCGGCGCAAUUUUCGAAAAUAACUAUACUCUGUGGCCACUUGGCUUUAUCCAACAUUUGCCGCCAUUUCCAAAAAUAACUGAUGCACCCCUGAUUACCCCUGGAGCAAUGCGUACCAGUUAACAAAAAACACUAGGGAAAUGAAAGGGUGUCAUGAAAGAUUGUAUAAAAAAAUGCUUGUACUUUACAAUUAAAGUGCAUUGUAUUUAUAGUACUUUACUUCAAAUACACUAUAUGCAUGGUACUUCAUUUACCGCUUUACUUAAAGUGCAUAAGCUCUCAUUCACUUUGUACUGUACUUCAAGUACUUUUUAGAUGUACUUUACCCAACACUGCAUUUCAAGCAAUGUUACUCAGCGUGGUUGUUCCGAUGCACGACUGCUGGGCUUUAGUGUACACCGCACAACGACUUUUACGGGUCAUUUCCCCUGAUAAUUCCUGGUAUUUCAGAAUAGUACACAUCUUGUAGUUGGAGUUCCCUAGCCAUAUCUUCAUGUGUCAAAUAAGACAGAGCUGCGACUACAUCGUAAUGUUCAUGAGAGUGUCUGAAUUCUAAACAAAGCCACGCUUAGCACAUACAUGUUACUUUGUGGCAAAUGCUAAAUAGACCUUUUCCAUAACUUGUGCUUGUAAGUGCUACUCCUGAUGCUUCAAGAAUGUGAGGCAAGUGUAAUCUCACAAAUGAGUGUGCCUGAUGUAUUCUAACACUUUUUAUUUGUAUGUUGUGUUAUAGAUAAAAAAAUGUAUGUUAUAUAUUAUGCUUUGUUCGUGCACUAGGCAGUAAGUAUUCAAUUGUUCUAAAGGUCUGAUUUAUGUAUGCUUUGUUGUAUGAUACUCAUGACCCUUCUAAUGGGUAAAUUACAAGUUAUAUGUAACCUAGAAGUGUUCUUCAAGACUUGAGGUCUAAUCUGUUAUCUUGCUUUAUUUAAGUAUAAAACUGCCUGUUCCCCUUUGAAAUAAAGCUCUGUGAUAAAUUGCUCUCGUGUCCGUAGCACUUUUUUUAUGAGCGAGAUUGCAACUCUGAUGCUACUUUCUGUGACAAAGUUUCUACAGCAUUCAACCAUUUGUAAACCUGUAUAAACUAUUCUUUGUUUUGCAACCUGCUUAAGUUAGGGUUCCACAUCUAAUAAAUGACAAAUGUAACUGAAUUGUUUCAAAUAUUGAACCAUCUAUAAGCUAUUUCAUGCCAAAUGCCCUUAAAUUAGAAUCUUUAAGAAUACAGUUUGUUUUUAACUGAUAUUUUCUUCAUUUCAUUCCGGCUAUUAUUUUGGGCACUGGUGCCAAAUGCAAGACUUUCUCUUUAUUUUUCAUUUUUAACCAGAUAGUUCAAUUUUUAUUUGGAACCUUAUUGAGAUGCCAGCUGAAACCCAUUAAAUCUCCAGUUGGAACCUAGUGAGAAAACAGGCUGAAACCCAUUGCAUUUCCAGUCGGAACCUAUUGAGGUUCCAGCUGACGUCCAUUGAAUUUCCAAUUGGAACCAGUUUAGCUUCCAAUUGGAGAUGUGCCAGUUAAGCUUCCAAUUAAAUCCCAUUGGUUCCAGUUAGUGCCAAUUGGAAGUCCCAUUGGAACCAGUUAGUGCCAGUUGGAAGUCCAAUUGGAACCAGUUAAGCUUCCAAUUGGAAAUGUUUUGCCAGUUGGAACCAGUUAAAUCCCAUUGGUUCCAGUUAAUACCAAUUGGAAUUCCAAUUGGAGUUAAUGAGAUUUUUCAACUGGGCAAUCAAGCGUUCGGGAACUCCUCAAGACGUUUUGGACCUUGCGCAUGCAACUUCGUAAAAUGCACAGUUCAAGUAACCAUAUUUCAGAAAAUCAUCAAAAUUCGUCGGGUCAUUAUCUACCGCGAAAGCACUUCCAUAGGAUUUCAUGAUUUCAUCUCAUAGUCAGUUAAUUUGUCCUUUGAUAGAAGCUUCCCAUGUGAAGUAAAAUCACUAAAUGAUGAGGGCAAACGUAGGGGUUCAGGCAAUCAACCCAACCAUUUUCGAUGCCUUGUAAUUUAAUAAAACAGACAGACAGCAGUCACAUAUUAAUCUGGCCAUCAAUUCCAAGCACUGACCUUGCUGAAUC